AUGGUAGAAAAUAUAGAAUUAGCCACUCCCCCAGGCCCCAGUAAUUUGUCUUACGAAAAGUCACAGAAUGCUGGUCGUAAUACACAUUUAUCAUCAGGCUACCAAGCCAAUCCAGAGAGCACUCCAGCUGGCGAUCGAAGAAGGCUGCAAGACCUCAAGUCUGAAGUAGAAGGCCAGCAGGAGAUCGAAGUUCUGGAGCUUCCAGAGGGCGGGCGUCAGGCAUGGCUGGUUGUAUUUGGAUCUUUCAUGGGACUAAUUCCUGUUUUUGGAUUCAUUAACUCACUUGGUGCUAUCGAGUCUUACAUUUCCAAACACCAGUUGGUAAAUGAAUCGUCAUCGGUAGUAUCGUGGAUCUUUUCUAUCUACCUUUCUGUUGCCUUUCUGAGCUGCAUUUUUUCUGGUGGUUAUUUCGAUAGAAAUGGUGGACGGGAUCCCCUAUCUUUGGGCACAGUUAUGUUUACUGCUGCAAUUCUUGCGACUGCUAACUGUGAAACAAUUUGGCAGUUCGUUUUAGCGUUCUCCAUUCUUGGAGGGCUUUCCUCGGGUAUUUUAAUGACUCCAUUGGUAAGUUGUGUGGCGACAUGGUUCGUGAAGAAGAGAGCUAUUGCCACCAGUGUUGCAACAAUUGGUGGAUCAAUCGGGGGCGUUGUAUUUCCUUUGAUGCUUAGAGCAUUGUACACUAAAGUGGGGUUUAAAUGGGCCUUGCGGAUACUGGCAUUACUGUGUUUUUGCUGUCUUCUCUUUUCAAUCGCAUUUGCCAGAGAAAGGGAGCAACCUUUUAACGAACCAUUCAAGUCUAAAACGGAGGCUUUGCGGUGGUACUUGGCGUCAGCUUUGAAUUGGCGUUACUUCCUGGAUUGGAAGUUCCUCUUUGCGGCCUUAGGCAUGGGUUUCUCGGAGAACUCUUUGACGGCAUCUUCGACAUACCUCGCAUCCUAUUCGCUGGCACAAAAAAACUCAGAGCAAGUCUCAUACGCUUUGAUUGCCACUACAAAUGCUAUAGGAAUUUUGGGACGUUAUAUUCCUGGAUACUUGGCAGACAAGUACACUGGGAGAUUCAACAUGGCGAUCAUUACGGUAUUCAUGGCUGCCAUCUUCAACCUUUCAAUGUGGCUUCCGUUUGGUGGCAGUGUGAAAGUAAUGUGGGCAUAUUCUAUUCUCUAUGGUUUUAUGACUGGCUCAAUUCUUUCUCUCACACCUGUAUGCAUCGGCCAAAUUUCAAGAACCACAGAUUUUGGCAAGCGGUACGCCUCUGCUUACAUGCUGGAAGCCGUGAUGACGAUUCCGGUCAUACCCGUAGGGGGUGCAAUCAUCGGCUCGGGCUCCAUAACAGAAUACAACUAUUUCAUCAUUUACACAUCUAUUAUGAUGAUUGCAGGAGCAGUUUGCUUCUUUAUUUCUCGUAAUAUUUGCAUAGGAUUCAGAAUCUCUAGGUUUUAA